AUGCUGCCGCGGGCCGCGGGGGCCGCACUGCUGCUGGCGGCCUCACUGCCGGCCCUGGGAGGGGCGGCGAGGACCCGCGCGGUGCACCGCCGGGCUGGCGGCGGCGCCGCGCAGGGACACCAGGCCAGCGGCGCGGCGGCCGGCGCCGCAUGCGCGGCAGGCUGCGUGCUGCCCAACGCCACGCCGGCGGGCGCCGCGGGCUCCGCCGGGGAGUGGCCCUGCGGCGGCGCGGCGGGCGGGCCGCCCGAGGCCGAUGUCGUGCGCGUGUUCCACUACGGUGCGAACAUGGCGUGCGCAAAGAUGGCCCUCAUCAAGGUGACGCCGGUGAGGGCGGAGGCCGCGUACGUGCCUGGGCAGUGCCUCCGGUUCGCCGCGGCCGAGGGCGUGCCCACCUGCUCCAAGGAGCCGGCCUUUGGCACCCUGGAGCCCUGCGAGGCUGGGUGCGCGCACGGCGUCGUUCAUGACAUUCCCGCGUCGCAGCUGCAGAGGAUUCAUGACUCGGAAGCGGGGUACAAGUUUGAAGAGUUGCACGGCGUGACGACGUACAGCGGGCAGGUGCUCACAGGAGUUCAGGCGUACACCAUGCAGAGCCACGCAGUGCACCAUUCGCCUUCAAGGCGCUACGCCGGCCUGGUCUUCUGCUCGGCGAAUGCAAGCCUGUCUCCGGGAUACGCCGACCAGCUGCUCUGCCGCCUCGGCGAGCUGGGCCACGCCGACGUCAGCUGCGCCGACGAGCAGUUCGAGCCCAUGAAGCCCGCCGACGCGCCCCGCGAGAAAGCCUGCGGCGGCGGCUGCAACCCGGGCGGCAGUGCCGCGGGCUUUGGCGGCACGCCGGCCGGUGUGCCGGCCUCCCCCGAGCUGCCGGGCUCGCGCUGCGGGUCGUGCCGCGGAGGGCGCGGUGGCGCCCAGGGCGCGGCCGAGGCCACCGCCCUCUGCCGGUGGCUCCCCGCUGCGCUGGUGGCGCUGGCGCUCGCGACGGGCGCCUACGGCGGGCUGUGA